AUGAUUUGACACACUCUUUAGCGUUUUGUCACUUUUUAUUGUCUUAAAAUGCUGUGAAUUUUGGAAUCAUGUUCUUGCAUUUUUACAUUUUGAUCAUCAUGUUUUUUUUAGUUUAAAGUGAAAUUUCAAAACUGUUUACCCUUUUUUUUUGGCAAAAAAAUUUACAUUUUUCUUUAAAAUUUAAAAACCACAAUUAAAACAUUUAGAAAAAUAUAUUACACAAUGGGCCAUGGCUGACAAAUCCCCAAAUUUCACAGAGAACUCACCUGACAAAACUACCCCCUUGCUAUGAUAUUGCGCCCCUUUCUCUGGUCAAUGUCAGCUUCCUCUUCCUGUGUGUUGUAGCCUCACACUGCGCUCCGCCUAUCACGGGACACAUUAAUGUGCUGCUGCGCCCAAUGAGAUGCUUAGACCAGCAUGAGUCACCAAACCACCGUAAACUACCAAGGCCGGGAGAACUGGAGGCAUUAGAGAACCAACGUGGUAGCGUAGUCAGCAGAGUAUAAUAAUGUUUAUGAAAAUUAAGAUGACUGACCACAGUGGGUGAGAACAAAUCAAGUUAGGACUACUCCUUAUUUUCACGUUUUUGCCCCACCUUUAGUACAUUUUUUUAAAACAAGCUUGUGACGUGGUUGUGAUGUCACAAACACGCCACAUCAAUGCAAGUCGAUGUGAUGGUGCGUACACCACCCUCCUCUAUAAAUGCCUUGAGGGGGCAUUGAUAAACUCAACUGGCUUACCCACAAAAAUGUAGCCAAAAAUGUGGAAUUGGAGUACCCUUUUAAUUCUAACCUUGGCUUUUGGAGGUUGUGAAAUUCAUUUAUGAAUUUGUUUUGUUGUCUGCAUUUCAAAUGUCAGCCUUAAGAAUGUUUGCUUUAAAGUCUUGACAUUGCUUAGCAUACUUUUUAGCCCAAAAUAACAUUUCCAAUUUAUAUUUUUUAAACAGAAGAAAAGUAUCUGGCAACACUAAACCAACCGUUGAGCCUAAAAAUGUCUCAUCAAGAUUCCUUCAACAGUGCUCCAGUUACCAAACAGUUAACACAACCGAAACAUAAAGAAUGUGCACAUUUUUAAUCACAAAUGAUGACAACUGCAACUUAGUGAAGUGCAUCAUUUGUCUAAAAAGAUUCAAAUAAGGAGGAAGACGAGGCUAGUGGCCGUGCAAAGCCUUUCAUGCACUGUGAACUUGUUUACCUGGUGAGAUAUUUAGAGCGUCGAAGAUAUUCCGACCCAGAGGCAGAGCCAGCAUACCGGAGAAAAACAACGAUCCUUAAAAAAUUGGCAUGAAAAUUAGAGAGAAAGUAUCGAACAAAGAGAAGCCCACGUCAGCUUCAAAAAAGAUAUUCAGACCUCAAAGUCAGACAGGCUACCUUGCUGUAACAGAUUUAUGAGGAGAUCCUGGCGGGAACUGGUUGCAAUAACGCUAAUACCAUCAACACUAAUGAUGAGGAUACUCACCCGGAAAGUGAUGCAAACACUCCUGGAACACAGCCUGAGCUGGAGAUCACUUUAUAGACCGACACAAACAGGAUCUGAUUGAUGGAAUAAAAAUUAUACGUCCAUUUAUAUCUGAUCUGUUCGGUAAUAAUCUGCUGACAGAAGAAGAGCGGCAUUAUAUAAUGGAAAUAUCAGAACCUGAGGACAGGAUGAGACGUCUGUAUGAUAUUCUCAGAUACCGGGAUGACACUUGCAAAAUUAUGGUUUUUCAAACUUUGUAUAAGUACAAUCCCAGGGUCAUUAAUUUCCUGAAAAAGCCGAAGGAUCCACUAAAGUUAGUAAAAACUGGAAAUCACUUUAUAGACCGACACAAACAGGAUCUGAUUGAUGAAAUAAAAAAUGUAGAUCCAGUUAUAUAUGAUCUGUACAGGAAUAAUCUGCUGACAGGAAGAGAGCUGGAUUAUAUUAUGAGAAUAUCAGAACCUGAGGACAGGAUGAGACGUCUGUAUGAUAUUAUCAGAUACUGUGAUGACUCUGACAAAGAGAAGGUUUAUGACACUUUGUAUAAGUACAAUCCCAGGGUCAUCGAAUAUCUGAAAAAGCCGAAGGAUCCAUCAAAGUUAGUACAAGCUGGAGAUCACUUUAUAGACCGACACAAACAGGAUCUGAUUAAUGGAAUAAAAAUUAUACGUCCAGUUAUAUAUGAUCUGUACAGGAAUAAUCUGCUGACAGAAGAAGAGAUGAAUUAUAUGAUGAGAAUAUCAGGACCUGAGGACAGGAUGAGGCGUCUGUAUGAUAUUAUCAGAUACUGUGAUGACUCUGACAAAGAGAAGGUUUAUGACACUUUGUAUAAGUACAAUCCCAGAGUCAUGAAAUAUCUGAAAAAGCCGAAGGAUCCAUCAAAGUUAGUAAAAACUGGAGAUCACUUUAUAGACAGACACAAACAGGAUCUAAUUGAUUUAGUAAAAAUUAUACGUCCAGUUAUAUCUGAUCUGUACAGAAAUAAUCUGCUGACAGAAGAAGAGCGGGAUUAUAUAAUGGAAAUAUCAGGACCUGAGGACAGGAUGAGACGUCUGUAUGAUAUUAUCAGAUACUGUGAUGACUCUGACAAAGAGAAGAUUUAUGACACUUUGUAUAAGUACAAUCCCAGGGUCAUGGAAUAUCUGAAAAAGCCGAAGGAUCUAUUAAAAUUUGUAAAAACUGGAGAUCACUUUAUAGACCGACACAAACAGGAUCUGAUUAAUGGAAUAAAAAUUAUACAUCCAGUUAUAUAUGAUCUGUGUGGGAAUAAUCUGCUGACAAGAGAAGAGCUGGAUUAUAUAAUGGAAAUAUCAGAACCUGAGGACAGGAUGAGACGUCUGUAUGAUAUUAUCAGAUACUGUGAUGACUCUGACAAAGAGAAGGUUUAUGAGACUUUGUAUAAAUACAAUCCCAGGGUCAUUGAACAUCAGAGAAAGUUGGAGGAUCCAUCAAAAUUUGUAAAAACUGGAAAUCACUUUAUAAACCGACACAAACAGGAUCUGAUUUAUGGAAUAAAAAUUAUACGUCCAGUUAUAUAUGAUCUGUACAGGAAUAAUCUGCUGACAGGAGAAGAGCGGGAUUAUAUAAUGAGAAUAUCAGAACCUGAGGACAGGAUGAGACGUCUGUAUGAUAUUAUCAGAUACUGUGAUGACUCUGACAAAGAGAAGGUUUAUGACACUUUGUAUAAGUACAAUCCCAGGGUCGUUGAUUUUCUGAAAAAGCCGAAGGAUCCAUCAAAAUUAGUAAAAACUGGAGAUCACUUUAUAGACCGACACAAACAGAACCUGAUUGAGGAAAUAAAAAUUAUAUAUCCAGUUAUAUAUGAUCUGUACAAGAAUAAUCUGCUGACAGAAGAAGAGCGGGAUUAUAUAAUGGAAAUAUCAGAACCUGAGGACAGGAUGAGACGUCUGUAUGAUAUUAUCAGAUACUGUGAUGACUCUGACAAAGAGAAGGUUUAUGACACUUUGUAUAAGUACAAUCCCAGGGUCAUGGAAUAUCUGAAAAAGCCGAAGGAUCUAUCAAGAUUUGUAAAAACUCUAGAUCACAUUAUAGACCGACACAAACAGGAUCUGAUUAAUGGAAUAAAAAUUAUAUAUCCAGUUAUAUAUGAUCUGUGUGGGAAUAAUCUGCUGACAGAAGAAGAGCGGCAUUAUAUAAUGGAAAUAUCACAACCUGCGGACAUGAUGAGACGUCUGUAUUAUAUUGUCAGAUACUGUGAUAACUUUGACAAAGAGAAGGUUUAUGAGACUUUGUAUAAAUACAAUCCCAGUUUCAUUAAACAUCAGAGAAAGUUGGAGGAUCCAUCAAAAUUAGUAAAAACUGGAGAUCACUUUAUAGACCGACACAAACAGGAUCUGAUUGAUGUAAUAAAAAAUUUAGAUCCAGUUAUAUCUGAUCUGUACGGGAAUGAUCUGCUGACAGAAGAAGAGCGGGAUUAUAUAAUGAGAAUAUCAGGACCUGAGGACAGGAUGAGACGUCUGUAUGAUAUUAUCAGAUACUGUGAUGACUCUGACAAAGAGAAGAUUUAUGACACUUUGUAUAAGUACAAUCCCAGGGUCCUUGAACAUAUGAAAAAGCCGAAGGAUCCAUCAAAAUUAGUAAAAACUGGAGAUCACUUUAUAGACCGACAUGAACAGGAUCUGAUUGAGAAAAUAAAAAAUGUAGAUCCAGUUAUACAUGAACUGUACUGGUAUCAUCUGCUGACAGAAGAAGAGCGGCAUUAUAUAAUGGAAAUAUCAGGACCUGAGGAAAAGAUGAGAUGUCUGUAUGAUAUUAUCAGAUACUGUGAUGACUCUGACAAAGAGAAGGUUUAUGACACUUUGUAUGAAUACAAUCCCAGGGUCAUGGAAUAUCUGAAAAAGCCAAAGGAUCCUUUAAAGUUAGUACAAACUGGAGAUCACUUUAUAGACCGACAUGACCAGGAUCUGAUUGAUGGGAUAAAAAAUAUACGUCCAGUUAUAUAUGAUCUGUACAGGAAUAAUCUGCUGACAGAAGAAGAGCGGGAUUAUAUAAUGGAAAUAUCAGAACCUGAGGACAGGAUGAGACGUCUGUAUUAUAUUGUCAGAUACUGUGAUGACUCUGACAAAGAGAAGGUUUAUGAGACUUUGUAUAAAUACAAUCCCAGGGUCAUUAAACAUCAGAGAAAGUUGGAGGAUCCAUCAAAAUUAGUAAAAACUGGAAAUCACUUUAUAGACCGACAUGAACAGGAUCUGAUUGGUGGAAUAAAAAAUGUAGAUCCAGUUAUAUAUGAUCUGUACUGGAAUAAUCUGCUGACAGAAGAAGAGCGGGAUUAUAUAAUGAGAAUAUCAGACCCUGAGUACACAAUGAGACGUCUGUAUGAUAUUAUCAGAUACUGUGAUGACUCUGACAAAGAGAAGGUUUAUGACACUUUGUAUAAGUACAAUCCCAGGGUCAUGGAAUAUCUGAAAAAGAAGAAGGAUACAUCAAGAUUUGUAAAAAAAUCGGGUCAAGAAUCUGAGAAACCAUCGGUGAGUGAUCCUGCGAUGAAAAAAGACAAUAGGAGCUCUAAACUGUGUGACAAGUUGCAGGAUUUAGUGGAAGUCAUUACCCCCACCAUGGCUGGAGACACAUACAGUCUGUCAAUGGAUUCUCCUGGACUCUUCCGCUGCUCAGAAUCUGGUAUUCAAUUUCAGGUUUCACAGCCUGUGACCAUAGAAUAUGAGGUGGAUUCAUGGAGUAACUACACUGAGAUCCUACAGAAUCUGCGAGGUGGAUAUCAGAUUAUUGGUCCUCUCUUCAACAUAAAAUCUGGUGUAGAACCCAAUGUGGUGUCCACUGUCUUCCUCCCUCAUUGUUUAUAUUUAAAAGGUUUUGAAGGAGACAAAUCAUUGAUAAGAUGUUUCCACUACAAGGAUGAUAACAUGAUUUUGGAAACGCCAUCCAGAAUGGAACCAAUGUAUGCGGUGCUAGAAAAUCCCACCUUCUCCCCUUUUGGGAUUCUUUUAUAUCCCUUCAACCUUUUGAACGAUAAAAUAAUGAAACUCAUCCCUUGUGAGGGAAUGGCUCUAUUAUUCUGUAAUACUAUUAUCAGGAGAGAUCGAAAAUACAAUUAUAGACUCCAUCUAUAUCUUCUGCCAAGGAUCCAAAUUGUGGAAAAGGUUGUUGUGAAUACCGAGUCCAGUCAUUCAUUCCAGAGAAUUCAUAAACCUUCUUUGGCAGAAUCUGUGUAUCAUAAGAAGAAAUACAGAAUUCAUGUUCUUCGGGAUGCGCGUGUGAUUCCCAAGACGCUGCUGUUUGAGAGUCACUGCCCCUCAGAGAUAUAUCCCUUCACUGAAAUCAGCAUCGAAGGAGAGACAGAUACAGCUGUGAAGGUGUCUAUACAUCCAGAAGAUGGAGAUGUUACAGUCUGGGAAACUGAGGUCUCCGCAGAUGAAAUGUUAGAUUUAUCAUCUGCAAUAUCAGGGCUCACGAUUACGCAAGAAGACAGCAGACCUCUCCAAGACUCAGACGAUCACUUCUUGGACAUCCAUCGAGGAGAUCUGAUCAGCAUGACUACUAUGGUGGACCCGGUCCUAGAUGAUCUUCGCUCUCGGAAAUUAUUAACUCGUGAACACUAUAACACUGUGCGCAGCAAAUCUACCAACCAGGAGAAGAUGAGGGAGCUCUAUGACUAUAUUAGUUCCUGGAGAGGUGUUGAUAAAGACAAAGCCAUGAAAUCUCUAAGAAGACAUAACCCAUCAUUAAGAGUCUGGAGAUAGGAGACUCUGCAGAAGAACCUGACUCAAUGACAUUUUGGUGUAAUGUGAUAUACAGGAUGAUAGGGGACAUUUAUUUAAUGUAUAUUUAUGCCCAUUGUCCAGACGACGGGAUCAAAGUUGAUUGCGGCAUUCAAAAUAGAAGAAAAGUCAUUCCGGCUAUUUCAGCGGGCUGUUUGGGACUGCCGUGAUUUCCCGAACGGCUGAGAAGACAGCGGGAGUGCCCUUACCUGUAAUGUUUCUAUAGAAACUUUUAAAUACAUAAAGGGAAUCAACACAGUAAAGGAGAAGAGCAUAUUAAAAAGAAGAAAAACUACCACGAGAGGACAUAGUUUUAAAUUAGAGGGGCAAAGGCUUCUGCAGUAAUAUCAGGAAGUAUUACUUUACUGAGAGAGUAGUGGAUGCAUGGAAUAGCCUUCCUGCAGAAGUGUUCGCUGCAAAUACAGUGAAGGAGUUUAAGCAUGAAUGGGAUAGGACAGUGGUCGGCAAGCUGCAGCUCUUCACACACUUUAAUGCGGCUCUUGUAGUGCGGUCGGGCCGCGGCAGCCGCCCAUGCACGCUGGUAGCAUACAAGGGCCCGAUACUAGUAUCAGGCCCUUGUAUGCAGAGCAGCAGCAGCCGGAUAGUGCCGAUCACUGCUGUAUACUAAAAACCAGGGUG